AUGGGUGGUUCUCAUGGUUCCGACAUGGACUGUUCCUCGACCAAGAAGAGAAAAGAGAAAGCCAAAGAAACAGUGGUAUAUCGCGGUGCCCGUAUGAGGAGCUGGGGGAAAUGGGUCUCGGAGAUUCGAGAACCGCGUAAAAAAUCAAGAAUCUGGCUCGGGACUUUCCCUACGGCCGAGAUGGCAGCGCGUGCUCACGAUGUCGCGGCAUUGAGUAUCAAAGGAAACUCCGCGAUCCUCAACUUCCCUGAGCUCGCGGAGUUUUUGCCGCGGCCCAUCUCGAUGAGUCCACAGGACAUCCAGGCCGCGGCCACGAAAGCCGCUCUUAUGGAUUUCGAAACUGGACCCUUUCAUCUCCAAGAUAAAACUAGUCACACUAGUUGUGAGACUGAGAAGAUUGAAAAGGGGUCGUCCUCGUCCGCAUCCUCGGCUUCUAUGCUUUCGGAGGAGCUAGGAGAAAUCGUGGAGUUGCCUAUUCUUGAUAACAAUGUAAGAAACGAUUUUGCGCUGUUCGACUCGUUGGAGGGGAUAGGGUCGAUGCCCCAAUGGUUAGAUGCUACCAAAGAUGAUUUUACGUACGGAGAUGAUUCGAUACUAUUGGACCCACUUCUUCAAGAAAGCUUUUUGUGGAAUUAUGAGUAA